AGCUAUUAAGAAAUAUAUAAAACCCAAAUAAAACCUCCACAGUCCACGUACGAAGAUAAGCCUCCUUUCUUGCUCCUCCAUUUCAUUCCCCUGCCCCCAAGCCGGAAUCCCAGCAAUCACCAACUCGAAUACAAAAAAGAUGGCGACGCUAUCAAUGGACAUCGCCACAACGUUCAUCAACUUCACCACUCGUUGUCGCCGCCGCUCCGGAAUAAAAACCGCGGUUCUCCCUCUUUUCUUCAAAUCCUCCACCAUCAAUUCCCGCUCCCUUUCUUCCAAACCGUUGCCUUCUUCAUCUCUCACCGUUUUAUCCACCUCCAAUUUCUCCAAAGUUCACCGCUGCCGCCGGUUCUCCGUAGCUGCCACCGCCACUACUACUCCACAGAGCGAGGAUUCUGACGUUUCCACUAAAAUUCCUCCUGAUACUCGCAUUCCCGCCACCAUAAUCACCGGCUUUUUGGGCUCUGGCAAGACAACAUUACUCAAUCACAUCUUGACUGCAGAUCACGGGAAGCGUAUAGCAGUGAUAGAGAAUGAGUAUGGUGAAGUAGACAUCGAUGGCUCUCUUGUUGCUGCUAAAGCUGCUGGGGCUGAGGACAUAGUCAUGCUUAACAAUGGCUGUCUCUGCUGUACUGUAAGGGGUGAUCUUGUGAGGAUGAUUGCAGAGCUAGUCAGUAAGAAGAAAGGGAAAUUUGACCACAUUGUAAUUGAGACUACAGGGUUGGCAAAUCCUGCACCAAUAAUUCAGACAUUUUAUGCUGAGGAUCAGGUUUUCAAUGAUGUCAAGUUAGAUGGUGUUGUUACUCUAGUUGAUGCAAAGCAUGCUGGCUUUCAUUUGGAUGAGGUCAAACCAAAGGGAGUGGUCAAUGAGGCAGUAGAGCAAAUUGCUUAUGCUGACCGCAUAAUUGUAAACAAGACUGAUCUUGUUGGUGAGCCAGAAAUUACGUCCCUGGUUAAGCGGAUAAGGAACAUGAAUGGUAUGGCUCAUCUCAAGCGCACAGAGUUUGGAAAAGUUGACUUGGAGUAUGUUCUUGGGAUAGGAGGCUUUGAUUUGGAGAGGAUUGAGAGUUCUGUCAAUGAUGGUGCUAAAGAAGAUCAUGCUCACCAUCAUGAUCAUGAUCAUGACCGUGAUCAUCACCAUCAUCAUCAUCAUGAACAUGAGCAUAAACAUGACCAUCAUCAUGAUCAUACUCAUGACCCAGGAGUUUCCUCUGUCAGCAUAGUUUGUGAAGGGAGCUUAGAUCUAGAGAAGGCUAACAUAUGGCUUGGUACAUUGUUGUUGGAACGCAGCGAGGACAUUUACCGGAUGAAAGGUCUUCUUUCUGUUCAGGGUAUGGAUGAGAGGUUCGUCUUUCAGGGAGUUCAUGACAUAUUUCAAGGAUCACCAGACCGGUUAUGGGGAGCAGAUGAACCGAGAAUAAACAAGAUUGUAUUCAUCGGCAAGAACUUGAAUGCAGAGGAAUUGGAGAAGGGUUUUAAAGCUUGUUUACUAUGAUAACAUUGACUGAAUAGGACCAGACCAUUGCAUUUUGACUUGAUAGAAUAUGAAAUUGCCCCUCUUUUGCCUUUAUGCUUGCAAGGGGAAAAAGGGCCGAGGUGGUUGCCGGGCUUGAUUUAUCAUGUAAACAGUGGUGUUAUUAUUAUUAUUAUGUUAGCUGUUAAAAGAAUCUAUAGAAAUGUUUAAAACACAAAAAAUGGUUCAACUGUACAAGUUACAUGUAUUUUAGGUUGACUUAAUAUUAAGAGUCCAGCCAUACAAAUUCAAUAAGAAUAAUUAUAAAAUUAAAUAAAA